AUGACUGCUCAGCACGCUGCUGCCGGACAGCUGCAGCUCAACUACUGGGCCGAAGCUAGACUGCAGCGCUGGGGCCACAUUGCUGUGCCACUGAGCAGCACUCGCGUAGCUAUUCAUGGCGGCUACGGCAGGGAUGGCAAGAAGCUGCGCCGCCUCGACGACGUGGUCAUCGUGAGCAGCGAUGGCACCGUCGCGCCCACCGUAUCGUCGACGCCGCGACCGAAGGCGCGCGAGCGCCACGGCGCCGCAGCCGUCGAGGGCGGCUUCGUCAUCCACGGCGGCCGCGCCGGCGGCGCGUUCGGCGACGCCUGGCGCUGGCACGACGACGUCUGGAGGGAGCUGCGCUGCGAGGGGUCGCCGCCGGCGCCGCGGUGGUCGCACGCGUUCGUCGCGCUCCCAGGCGAUGCAUGCCUCGUGUGCGGCGGCCGGGGCGACGCGGGCGACCUCGAUGAUGACGCCUACGUGCUCGACCCGGCCACGCAAACGUGGAGCCGCGUCGCGGCGCCCGCGUUUCCCGUGGCGUUCGCGUGCUCGACGUCCGAUGGGCAGACAAUCGCUUUCGGCGGCGGCCGCGCGGCGCGCUUCGCCGACGCGGCGUGGAGCGAGCUCGCGCUCGACGACGCGACCGCGGCGGCGUCGCGGCGCCUCGCGGCCUGCGUGUGCGCGACGGCGCGGCCGGGCGAGCUGGUCGUCGCGGGCGGCGUCCCGGCGGACGAGGGCGAGGUCGGCGGCGUCGCGGUGCUCCGCAUCGGAGAGGACGUAAAGUGCGUCGCCGAGGCGCCGCUCGACGUGAUGCGGGCCUACCCCGUCCACGCGGCCGCGGCGUUUUCCGGCGACGGCGUCGUGGUUUUCGGCGGCGGCGUGCCGUGCCUGUCGUUCGCGCCCGUAUUUGGAGAUAGCGUGCGAGUUGUGAUGACCUAA